GACUGUGGACUAUAAACGAGAGAGACAGCGAGACGGAGGCACUGAGAGCGCGCCAGAACAGGCAGGUGCAAGGACCCGGGGGACAGCCGCAUUCGGUAUAUUCUCUCUCGCUCUCUUCGCCUCUCUCCCUCUCCAUCAGUUACUGCUACUCAAUUGAAGCCAAACAAUCAGAUCAGGAUAGCUGUCGGCUGCCUUUAAAUACUCAUACACCGCAAUACCAAAUGCGCGGAUACUUCCAGAAUAUACAAACAGCGAGUCUACGGACAGGCGGCGGGCAUGUGAAAUAGACCGUAAGAAUGGAUAGAAGGACCUACGCCGUAAUUGUGUUACUGUUUCAGCUUCUGGACUUAAUACGUGGACAGUUUUUUCCAGGCGGAUGUUCGUUUGAGGAGCACUACAGCAGCUGCGGCUACGGCGUUGCUCUGGGUACCACCGGAUUCGCCUGGGAGCAGGUCAACACCUGGGAGAGGCCCAGCAUGGACGCCGCCGUGCCCACAGGUUCCUUCAUGGUGGUGAACGCCUCUGGGCGGGCCUCCGGGCAGAAGGCUCACCUGCUGCUGCCCACGCUGAAGGAGAACGACACGCACUGCAUCGACUUCCACUACUCGCUGUCCAGCCGCGACGGCUCGGGCCCCGGGGCGCUCAACGUCUACGUCAAGGUCAACGGCGGCCCGCAGGGCAACCCCGUGUGGAACGCCUCGGCCUUCGUCACCGAGGGCUGGGUCAAGGCCGAGCUCGCCAUCAGCACCUUCUGGCCCAACUCCUACCAGGUGAUAUUUGAGGCCAUCUCAGUGCAGGGCCACCCAGGAUUCAUUGCGGUGGAUGAAGUCAGAGUCCUGGCCCACCCCUGCAGGAAAGCCCCACACUUUCUGAGGCUGCAGAAUGUGGAGGUGAACAUGGGACAGAACGCCACGUUCCAGUGCAUCGCUGGCGGGAAGUGGUCUCAGCACGACAAACUGUGGCUACAGCAGUGGAACGGGAAGGACACGGCGCUGAUGGUCACGCGGGUGGUCAACCACCGGCGCUUCUCGGCGACGGUCAGCGUGGCGGACACGGCGCAGCGGAGCGUGAGCAAGUACCGAUGCGUGAUCCGCUCCGACGGCGGCUCCGGGGUGUCCAACUACGCCGAGCUGAUUGUAAAAGCCCCGCCCACCCCCAUCGCCCCUCCCGAGCUGCUGGCCGUGGGCGCCACCUACCUGUGGAUCAAGCCCAACGCCAACUCCAUCAUCGGCGACGGGCCCAUCAUCCUGAAGGAGGUGGAGUACCGCACCACCACCGGGAACUGGGCGGAGACCCACAUCGUGGACGCCCCCACCUACAAGCUGUGGCACCUGGACCCCGACGUGGAGUACGAGAUCAAGGUCCUGCUCACCCGGCCCGGGGAGGGGGGCACGGGGCCCCCCGGACCCCCCCUCGUCACCCGCACCAAGUGCGCAGACCCGGUCCACGGGCCCCAGAACGUGAAGGUGGCGGACGUGCGGGCGCGCCAGCUCACCCUGCAGUGGGAGACCUUUGGCUACGCCGUCACCCGCUGCCACAGCUACAACCUGACAGUGCAGUACCAGUACGUCUUCAACCAGCAGGAGUUCGCCGCCGAGGAGCUGAUCCCCACCUCCUCGCACUACUGCCUGCGCGGCCUCCGCCCCUUCGUCACCGUGCGCCUCCGCCUGGUGCUGGCCAACCCCGAGGGCCGCAAGGAGAGCGAGGAGAUCGUCAAGCAGACGGAGGAGGACGUGCCCGGCUCAGUCCCCACAGAGUCCAUACAGAGCAGUCCAUAUGAGGAGAAGAUCCUGAUGCAGUGGAAAGCCCCAAACGAGACCAAUGGAGUCAUCACUCUCUACGAAGUCAUUUACCAGGCCCUGAGCUCCUUGGACCCCAGCGCCGAUCUCUCCACCCAGAAGGGCAGAGUCUUCAAACUUCGCAACGAGACACGCAAUCUCUUCGAAGGGCUCUAUCCCGGCACCACGUACUUCUUCACCCUCAGAGCCUCCACCAACAAGGGGUUUGGACCCCCCGUCACCACCCGCAUCACCACCAAGAUCGCAGCGCCCUCCAUGCCCGAGUACGAGAGCGACACGCCCCUGAACGAGACGGACAGCACCAUCACCGUGCUCCUGAAGCCCGCCCGCUCCCGGGGAGCCCCCGUCAGCGCCUAUCAGCUGGUGGUGGUGGAGGAGCGGCGGCAGAAGGCCCGGCGGGCGGUGGACGCGGCCGAGUGCUUCCCCGUGCCCGUCAGCUUCCGGAACGCCACCGCGCUGGACUCGCCGCACUACUUCGCCGCCGAGCUGCUCCCGGGGAGCCUGGCGGCGGUGCAGCCCUUCACCGUGGGCGACAACCGGACCUACAACGGCUUCUGGAACGCCCCGCUCUCGCCCGCCAAGAGCUACAGCAUUUACUUUCAGGCCCUGAGCAAAGCCAAUGGGGAGAUAAAAAUCAACUGUGUGCGACUGGCUACCAAAGUGGUAAUAGGUAGGGGACAAAUAACAACGCCGUACGUACUUGUCAUCCCCAGUGAAGGCGCCUCCACGCAGAACUCCAACGCCGUGGAGCCGGAGAAGCAGGUGGACAGCACCGUCAAGAUGGCGGGCGUCAUCGCCGGGAUCCUCAUGUUCGUCAUCAUCCUGCUGGGCGUGGUGCUGACGUUCAAACGCAGAGACAUACACACGUGGAGAGCUCUGAGCGUGGGGAAGCUUGCUAAGAAGCAGAAGGAGACGGCCAGCAGCAGCACCCAGAGGGAGAUGGGCCCCGUGGGGACUGCGGACAAGAGCACGGGCAAAGUGAGCACCCUCCACAAGGACGACCCCUUCUCCACGAGCACCCAGGACCUCAACAGCUUCUCAUCCCCCUCUCCCUGUUCCUUCUCUGUACAGGGCAAAACUCUUCAAAGCAAAAGUCUCUUGAAUUCCUACUACUCAGUGUCCAAGGAGCCAAUCCCUGCAACCACGUCUUUAGACAGCAGCCACGGAGAGAUCCCCCAGCCCACACUGAGCAUCCAGACCUACCCGUACGGGGGCUGUGAGUCUGUGGAGAUGUCCUACCAGGCCGGUCAGUUCCAGCCGGCCAUCCGCGUGGCUGACCUCCUGCAGCACAUCACCCAGAUGAAGUGCGGCCAGGGAUAUGGCUUCAAGGAGGAGUAUGAGGUAAGAAUGGGGCUGGCAGAAGGACAGACGGCUCCCUGGGACACUGCAAAAAAAGAUGAAAAUCGUAACAAGAACCGAUAUGGAAAUAUCAUCGCUUACCCCACAGAUGAUCACACGCGGGUGAGACUGCAGCUACUGGAUGGGGACCCCCACUCAGACUACAUCAACGCCAACUACAUCGAUGGAUACCACAGACCGAGACACUACAUCGCCACGCAAGGCCCGAUGCAGGAGACCGUGAGGGACUUCUGGAGGAUGAUUUGGCAGGAGAAUUCCGGCAGUAUCGUCAUGGUUACCAACCUGGUGGAAGUAGGAAGGGUGAAAUGCGUGCGGUACUGGCCCGACGAGACGGAGGUCUACGGGGACGUCAAGGUGACGCUGAUCGAGACGGAGCCCCUGGCCGAGUACGUCAUCCGGACCUUCACGGUUCAGAAGAAGGGCCACCACGAGAUCCGGGAGAUUCGGCAGUUCCAUUUCACCAGCUGGCCGGACCACGGGGUGCCCUGCUACGCCACCGGCCUUUUGGGGUUCGUCCGCCAAGUCAAGUUCCUCAACCCCCCUGACGCCGGACCCAUCGUGGUCCAUUGCAGUGCUGGCGCAGGCAGAACGGGCUGCUUCAUCGCAGUGGACAUCAUGCUGGACAUGGCGGAGAACGAGGGAGUGGUGGACAUCUUCAACUGCAUCCGAGAGCUGCGCUCACAGAGGGUCAACAUGGUGCAGACCGAGGAGCAGUACGUCUUCGUGCACGACGCCAUCCUGGAGGCCUGCCUGUGCGGGAACACGGCGAUACCGGUGUGCGAGUUCCGGGCCAUAUACUACAACAUCAGCCGCCUGGACCCGCAGACCAACUCCAGCCAGGUCAAGGACGAGUUUCAGACGCUGAACAUCGUGACACCGCGGGUGCGGGCUGAGGACUGCAGUGUGGGGCUGCUUCCCCGGAACCACGAUAAGAACCGCAGCAUGGACGUCCUGUCCGUCGACCGCUGCCUCCCGUUCCUCAUCUCCGUCGACGGGGAGUCCAGCAACUACAUCAACGCCGCGCUCAUGGACAGCCACAAGCAACCGGCAGCCUUCAUAGUGACCCAGCACCCCUUACCCAACACGGUAGCGGACUUCUGGAGGCUGGUGUUCGACUACAACUGCUCCUCCAUAGUGAUGCUGAAUGAGAUGGACGCCGCACAGCUGUGCAUGCAGUAUUGGCCAGAGAAAAGCUCUACCUGCUAUGGCCCCAUCCAGGUGGAGUUCAUCUCCGCCGAUAUCGAUGAGGACAUCAUCAACCGCAUCUUCAGGAUCUGCAACAUGGCACGGCCUCAGGACGGCUACCGCCUGGUGCAGCACUUCCAGUUCAUUGGCUGGCCGGCGUACCGGGACACGCCCCUGUCCAAGCGCUCCAUCCUGCAGCUGGUCCGCCGAUUGGCCAAGUGGCAGGAGCAGUACGACGGAGGGGACGGCCGCACCGUAGUGCACUGCCUGACCGGUGGGGGCCGCAGCGGGACUUUCUGUGCCAUCUGCAGCAUCAGUGAGAUGAUCCAGCAGCAGAACAUCGUGGACGUCUUUCACACGGUCAAGACGCUAAGAAACAACAAGUCUAACAUGGUGGAGACCAUGGAACAGUACAAGUUCUGCUAUGAAGUCGCUCUGGAGAGCCUGAGCUCCUUCUGAGAAGUCCCCCCCCCACCCCCACCCCACCCCCUCGUGAGGAAGAGGAGCGUCGUGCCGCGAUGUCGCUCCAGCGCACGCGUCAGACAGACUGCGUUAAGCAGGGAGCCCGUGGGAGUGACACAGGCAAAACAAAACUGUGCAGCGGGGACAGCCCUCCACACCGGGGCUGCCGGUUUGCUCCCCCGAAACCCGGGGGCCCCCAGGGGGCCUCAAUAACUGUAAAAAAAAAAAAAAAAAAAGACAUGUUAAUACGCCGCUUUCCUUCUCUUU